AUGACGGCGUCGAGGAAGUGAGUGCCUGGUUAGAAGUGGGAAGUUUGCAAACAGGUAGUUAGCAAAGUAGCUACAAACACUUAAUUUAUUUAAAGCAGUUGAGGUAAAAUCAGCGGAUUAUCUACGAUGAUUUUAUACCAUGUCGUUUACGUGUUAUUCCCGGUGUUGGUGUGUUUAAGCGAGGCCAGAAUACAUCACCUUACUUUGAGGAAUGAAACGCGCUUCCUCGUCCACCUCAAUACCUUCGGAUACUUCUAUAACGGCACUCUGGAUGUCAAUCUGCUGUCUCUAUACCUCCCUAAAGAUGAGGACACAUCCAACUCUCAUCAGGUGGGCUUCAGUCUGGCCAGGUCCCGGGUAAAUGGAGUGCUUUCGUACACUACUGAGGACACGGACCAGUGCACUCUGUCCAAAGACAAGAGUGAGGAUGUUCUGUUUCUGUUUAUCAUCACCCCAGGCAACUUGAGUGUCACUGUGAGGUCAUUUGGUGAGAAGGACAGUACCUUACAUGCUCAGGUGUACAGUGAAACAAAAGUUUCUCGGAAGAAAAGAGGCGAUCCUUCAGACGCUGGUUCAGAUCAAAAGCCUGCUAAUGGACAGAAUGCUCAAAGCAAUAAUGCAGAGUCAGGGAUUCAUGAGAAAGUGUCAGAAGGUGCUGGGACUAAAGAUAAAGAGUCCGUGCAUACAGCAAGCAAGGAUAAAGGGUCAGCAGGCACUGGGACUGACACCAAAGUGUCAGAAGGUGCUGGGACUAAAGAUAAAGAGUCCGUGCAUACAGCAAGCAAGGAUAAAGGGUCAGCAGGCACUGGGACUGACACCAAAGUGUCAGAAGGUGCUGGGACUAACGACAAUGACAUGGACAAGAAUAACAAAAAUGUGCCAAAAGGAGAUGAUGCUGGCAAAGUGGAGAAGACCAAAUCCUUUAGCGUGGUGCAGAGCAUGAACGGAGUGAACCUGGUUCUGAAUCAGUACGACGACACCUACAACUUCACAUUUCGUAUCACUCUGGGUGCUGAGGAUCAGGGUCUGUACAAUCUGAACUUCCAUUACUGCUCCAAGUCCAGGCCUGGUGCCAUCAGACCGUACUCCCUCAGUGUGGAGAUCAAAGAGAAGAACCCAGAUGGCUUUCUUUCUGCUUCUGAGAUUCCUCUACCCCGUCUCUACAUUAGCAUGGCUGCCCUGUUCCUAACAGCGGCCAUCAUCUGGACAUCAACACUGCUCAAACACAAGUACAGUGUGUUUAAGAUCCACUGGCUGAUGGCAGCUCUCACCUACACCAAAUCCGUGUCCUUGGUUUUCCACAGUAUUAACUAUCACUUCAUCAACAUGGAGGGGCAUCCUAUCGAAGGCUGGGCUGUAAUGUACUACAUCACUCACCUCCUGAAGGGGGCGCUGCUGUUCAUAACCCUGGCUCUGAUAGGAACAGGCUUCGCCUUCAUCAAAUACAUCCUCUCUGACAAGGAGAAGAAGAUCUUCAUGAUCGUCAUUCCUUUACAGGUGUUGGCUAACGUGGCAUACAUCAUCAUCGAAGAGACUGAGGAAGGCUCUAGCGAGUACACGCUGUGGAGGGAGGUCCUAUUCCUCGUAGACCUCAUCUGCUGCGGCGCCAUCCUCUUCCCUGUUGUCUGGUCCAUUCGACACCUGCAGGAGGCCUCAACUACAGAUGGUAAAGCGGCAAUGAAUCUGGAGAAGCUGAAGCUCUUCAGGCAUUACUAUGUGAUGAUCGUGUGUUAUAUCUACUUCACGAGGAUCAUCGCCAUCCUGCUGCGAGUCACCGUACCCUUCCAGUGGCAGUGGUGCCAAGAGUUCCUGAUUGAGGUGUCCACUCUGGUGUUCUUCGUGUUAACGGGCUUUAAGUUCCGCCCUGCGUCUAAUAACCCGUACCUGCAGCUGCCUCAGGACGAGGAGGACCUGGAGAUGGAUGAAGUUGUGACAGAUUCCGGAAUGUUGCAGGGCGUCUCAAAGGUGAAGAAGACGUCCAACGGCCGCGAGAGACAUCGAGAGCCUGCCUUGUGAUGAUGACGCUCCAGGGGGAGGAGCCUGGACUGUUAAACUCCACCCCCUUUAUUCAGCCAUUCCACCUAUAGUUGCUUCCAAGAUGUCAAACAGAAGCAAUCAGCUAUGCAAGAGAGGGGGGAGGAACAGCGUGGGUGUGUGUGUGUGUAUGCAAAAGAAAGGAAGUUCUGAACUCUUUCCUUAUAAGGAAAUCGUAUUUCCCCUUUAAAAAAAAAAGGGGGACCUAGGCCAGAGCCAAGGGACACACCGGUUUCACAAAUUUAUUUUCUUCACUUGUACACCUUUAAUCUGAUCUGUCUCACCCUCUCUUUUUCUUGUCUUUCUUUCUCUCCUUAUCCAAAGAUUUACAAUCAUUUACCAAAAAAAAAAAAACUUUUGCUUAAAGGAACUUUUUAGUCAAAAAUGAAACUCUAGUCAUCCAAAAGCAAUCGAUCAUCCAAGUGUGGUGUCUCACCGUUGCCUCGUUAUUUCUCACAGGCUCUAUAAGGCGAAUGUGUGAUCAUUUGCACGUGCACUUUGCACAGUGCUCAACUGGAGGCUAAAAGCUUCAACUAAUUAUUGUUUUGAUUAGCCUUGCAGCAGCACAAAAAAUUGUUCAAGAGGAAGUGGUAGAUGUUUAAUUUUUUGUUAAAUGUUCCUUUUACUGUGUUGUUUCUUAUUUAACCAAACCUUUUCUUUAUUUGCUUUAUUUAUCUGGUGAUUAGUUGGCUUGUUUAUGGUUUCUGGUGCCGUUUCUGUUGGCGUGUGUUGGAAACUUUUUUUUUUUUUUUUUACUUUUAACUCCAUCAACCCCUGAACCUCAGUAGAUCUGUGCUUCUUUUGUAAUCUUGUUAAUUGCUGCAAUAAUAAAAAAUAAUUAUUAAUAAUAAGAAUAAGAAUAAUAAUAGCAGCUGAUUCAUAACUUCAUUAGUUCCAGUUGCAGUUUGUUAGUUGAGGAUUGAAUCAGUGUCACUGUAGACCUGUAAGCUACAUUAUAAAUGGAUGAGCCAGCUGUCAUGCUAGCUCAUUAAAACGCUUGAGAGGAGAAUGAGAGCGUUACAGACAUGACGCAUUUAAAAAGUAGAACACAGUAUUGCACCCUGAGCUAGAUCAGAUCCAGAGCCAGAAUCGAAUGGGUUGAGUCACACUUCUUGCCCAGUUUAGAAAAUAAAUCUGGAUUGAUUGACAGCAGCUAGUCCCACCCCUUUAUUUUUUUAUUUUUUUUUUCCUGACCAAAAUAUCAAGUAGGUUUAGCAAAAUCAUGCUGCUUGAGACAGUGUGUCUAGUUUUAUUGAAAACGCAGCCAAGAUUUGAACCUCCGUGUUCACGUUGGCUCAUGUAUCAUCAUCUCUUUUGGACCCUUUGGCAUUAGUCGCACAUGGAUUGGUCCAACGUGUACAGCUAAAGACAUGACACCUUUUUCAGCAGGUACACUUUCACCCAAGCAGUCACCUCGUCUCGCAGUAAACAGCUGCGUAAUGCUGCCGAACUGUCUGAGAGUCCCAGUUUCACUGAUUUCGACCUCUAACACAAAUGUAAUGUCAGCAUGAGCUCGCUUGCUUCCCCCCCCCCCCCCCCCCAGAAUACACCUCAUCUCAAGCUUACCACAGAAUAUGAAUAAUUCAGUCUUGCUGAACAUCUGUAAAUGUUCAGCUUGGUCUAUGUGAAGUUCUUUUGGGUUUCAGCUUUGUAUAAUUUGAGAUGUUAGAUGCUGGACCUGUUCGUCUGGGCUACAGAGACUAGGGUGAUCACAUUAUCAACUUAUGAACACUUCUUAACAUCAGUACAGCUGUGGCGAUGCGUGAUGCAUGUAGGAGAACGUGUCCCAUCAUGUACAUGAUCUGCUGUGGUUUUGUUGCUGCUCUGAAGCAGUGAUGUUGGGAAUUAACACCUGUAUGCAGUGACACUUGAUGUCUGUUACAUAAUAAACAUCUUAAUUAUGUUACAUUAACCCACUUGUGAGCAAAAUAAAUCACCUGAAUCCCACUGUUACACAUUAGUGGACUUGCUUUAGUCACGUCUUGCACAUGCUCGUUAACAUUUAAUUCCCAAAAGUUAAUACCAGUGUUAAUGACUGUGCUCAGAUUGGCUGUUUGAUUAAUGCUAAUGGUUGUGGAAGUGACAGCUAACACAGCUGUGACAUUGUAAAUGUUUACGGCAUUUCAUCACUCCAAAAUGGAACAAUAUGAUGUCUGGAAUAUACUAACUGGUGGAGGUCUAAAGCAGAGUGUUUCUGUUCAUGCAGUUUCUGGAGUAUUUUAUUUAACGCAUGUACGGCUGUUUUUGUUUCUCUCUUCUGCUUCUUUAUAACCCUCUUCAUCCACUCAAAGUACCUCCAGAUAAGCCAACAUGGACGCUGUGAAGGGUCUUGAGUUUAAAGGGCUGUGAAAGUUGUAAACAUGGGCUGGAUUGUUUUUUUCUGUGGUGAUAUUUUGUCCCAGUGUGAGGAUGACCUUUAAAUUAAAAUAACAUGAAAUGAAAAUGUGCUGUCUCUUUGAAAGUAGCGUUAAUUUACAUGCGCACUUGUAGGAAAGUUAUAAUUGUAUGAAUAAUGCUAGGUACUGAGUCACAAGUUAGCAAGUAUUCUUCCUGGCAGGUCUUGUGUUACCAUGACGACCUCUGAAAAUAAAUUUGACCAUUAAAGGAGACAUGCAAACA